AUGCCGCCUGAACGCACGACAGUGCCAGUGAAGCUUUCAUUGCCCUUGCAAUAUCAACAAGACAUCUUUACUGAGCUACGUUCAGAAGAUGAGUUGGUCAUCCUCGCUCGUGGCCUUGGUCUGCUUCACCUGAUCACCAACUUGCUUCAUUUUUAUGAUGCGGCUGGAAACAAUCUCGUGUUGGUGGUAGGUGCAGAUGACCGUGAAAAUGAGUGGAUAGGAGAAGCAUUGGCGGAGCAUUAUGCUACAAGCAAGUCUCCUCUUGCCCGAGGAUUGAAGGUGAUCAACACAGAGAAAGCGACGGUUCCUAUGCGAGAGCGAAUCUACGCAGAAGGCGGGAUUUUGAGUGUCACUUCCCGAAUACUGGUCGUCGAUUUACUCUCUAAGCUUCUAAAUCCUGAAAAGGUAACGGGAAUGAUCAUUCUACAUGCUGAGAAGGUAGUUGCAACGUCUCUCGAGGCUUUCAUAACUCGAAUUUACCGACAAUCCAACAAACGGGGCUUUUUGAAAGCAUUCUCAGACUCUCCCGAGCCUUUCACGACCGGAUUUGCACCCCUGUCUAACAUGCUACGCAACUUGUUCCUACGCAAAGCAUCUUUGUGGCCACGCUUUCAUGUGGCCGUGGCAGAGGCUUUGGAAGGUAAUCGAAAGGCCGAAGUGAUUGAGCUAGAGGUCCCAAUGAGUGCAAAGAUGCGAGAGAUCCAAAAUGCUGUUCUUGAGUGUGUUGAGCUCAGCAUUGCUGAGCUUCGAAAGUCCAAUACAGGCCUCGAUAUGGAGGAGUGGACCUUAGACAGUGCUUUGCACAGGAACUUUGACGUCUCUAUCCGGCGACAGCUGGAUCCAAUCUGGCACCGUGUCACUUACAGAACUCGGCAGAUAGUUAGCGAUCUGACAGAUCUUCGUGGCAUACUUCAUGCUCUCCUCACUUACGAUGCGGUGUCGUUCAUGAAGUACCUUGACACCAUUGUUUCUGCUCAUUCGCCGCCUCCAGGCUCUAAUAAGCACAAUUACUCGCCCUGGCUCUUUCUUGACGCUGCGCAUGUUUUGUUCCAAACAGCCAAGUCGCGGGUCUACCAAGGCAGAAUGACAGACGAAAUGUCACGUUCCUGGUCUUCCACUAACUUCUCCGCAGAGCUCAAGCCCGUCCUUGAGCCUUUGCCAAAAUGGGAGGUCCUUGGCGAAGUGCUUGAAGAAAUAGAGCAGGAUUCAUACCUUAAACCCUUGAACCCUAUUGAGGAUUCCAAUGGUACAAUAUUGAUCAUGUGUGGCGAUCAGCGUACAUGCCGGCAAUUACGAGAGUACAUCGCCACAAUGCAAGCCAAAGUCACCUCCAGAUCAGAUGAUACUGGAGAGAACAAAGAGGCACUGGCUGAAGAAAGAUCGUCAUCUGAGGUGAUGAUGCGUCGCCGUCUCCGUGAUUAUCUGAACUGGAAAAGAUCCCUUUCAAAUGUCAACAAAAAUUUGUCUCAAUCGGACGAAGGCGCAAAGCCCGCAGAGACUGGCAGACUCGGGCAACGACAAGCAAAACCUCCUCCCAACAAACGGCGACGUGUACGCGGUGGAGGAGCCGUGAACUCGGCAUCCAGUCGUGUUCCAGACAGCAGUGUGCAAACCCAAGUCGAACUGCCUACACAAGUAAUGAGCCUCCUCGAAGAGAUUCAGCCAACUGAAGCGGAAGAGAUUCAGAAAGAAGAGAUUCUGGUCGACGAUCUUGAUGACACCGAAGACUUUUACGAACUCUAUGAGAUGAAUGAUCUGGUGAUGAUUCACCCUUAUGAUGGUGACAUGGACGAGCAUAUCUUGGAGGAACUUCGUCCGCGAUACAUCGUGAUGUAUGAGCCGGACGCUGCCUUUAUUCGCCGUGUUGAAGUCUACCGCAGCUCCCACGUGGGACGAAUCGUGAAGGUUUAUUUCCUCUCCUAUGAAGGGUCUGUUGAGGAACAGCGAUAUCUGAGUGCAGUGCGGCGAGAGAAGGAUUCAUUUUCAAAAUUGAUCAAAGAGAAGAGUAACAUGGCUGUCACCUUAACGCAUGACAAGAGCUCCGAGGACCCCCAAGAGCAGUUCUUGCGAACCGUAAAUACUAGGAUUGCUGGGGGUGGGAGACUUGCGGCAACCGCAGCGCCUCCCCGGGUUGUUGUUGACGUGCGCGAGUUUCGAAGUGCUUUGCCUUCUUUGCUGCACGGCAACAACAUGAUCGUCAUUCCUUGUCAACUGACAGUGGGGGACUACAUUCUCACCCCGGAAAUCUGCGUAGAACGGAAAUCCAUUCGUGACUUGAUUUCUUCACUACGCAAUGGUCGUCUUUACAAUCAGGCAGAGACGAUGAUUCAACACUACAAAACACCGCUGUUGUUGAUCGAAUUCGAUCAGAACAAAUCCUUCACAUUUGAUGCCUUUGCAACCAUCUCGACUGGAACCACCUUCUUGACUGACUAUGGCUUCUCGUCCACAGGCCAGGCCACCAGCUCUAGCACAAGCGCCAGCACUAACCCUUCAAAUCCUAAGUCUGCGCAACAUUUGAUCGUUCUUUUGACCCUCGCUUUCCCUCGUCUCAAGAUCAUCUGGUCGUCCUCCCCCUAUCAGACAGCGGAGAUCUUUGCCGAGCUGAAGAAAAACGCGGCAGAGCCCGAUCCACUCCGUGCUGUUCAGAUUGGCCUGGAUCUUGACAUUAUCGGCUCGUCUGAGGAUGCCAUGGCAGCAACGGGGAUUGAACAUCGAAUCUUCAAUCAAUUACCGCAAGACAUGCUUCGCGCUGUGCCAGGCGUGACACCGAAAGCUCUCGACCGGCUUAUCCUCGAAUCAGAAAAUCUACACGAGAUCGCGAAUAUGAGUGUAGAGGAUUUGAAUCCUCUUGUCGGCAAGGAGGCAGCACGAAAGAUUGUCGCCUUUUUCCGAAAAAGUGUCUUUGAUGAUUGA